AUGUUGCGGACCCUUCUUCGACGGGCAACGGGGUCGGGUUGCCCAAGGCCAGACCCGUGGAGGCUCACGGCGACGACGAGUUACUCGUCUAAGGACAAUAAAUCGACGGGGAAGAAGGCGAAGAAGGGCAAGGACAAAAACGACCCUGCAGCCGCAGCCGACGACGCCAUUUCGGACGUCGACGCGGCUCUCUUCGACGAAAAGGCUCGUGCUCGCCGGCUACAAGCCGAUGAAAAUGAUCCGUCGCUCGAUGUGGGGCCCAAUGGCCGCCCUCUAUUCACUGCCACUCCGACACUGUCUCAGCUCACGCGCAAGGACGCGUGCUCCUACUUCAAGCUCAAGAUGGAGGAAUUGAACAAUGUGUUGCCCGAGGGGUUGCCGUUGGGGAUGGUGAAGGAGUUCGAGGACGCAAUGCAGAGCGCUGUGCUAGUUCGCCAGAGCUUUCUUGAUCUCCGAGAUAAUUUUCGAUGGAUUGUGGAUCCUCCAUUGCACUCUUCUACCACCAAAGGUACAAAAGUUAGAAAGCAGAUUGUGUUGGACGGUCCUGUAAGUUGUGGAAAGAGUAUUGCUCUUUCAAUGUUAGUUCAAUGGGCUCGCGGGGAAGAGGGUGCUGGUGUUGGAUGGAUGAAAGAUGGAAUUGAUACCAUGGCAAUGCCUGAUGGUUCAACUCUGUAUGACCUGGUUGAUACAGGAAUCAAGCACACUCAUGCAGCUGUUGGAGUGGUAGUUCGUUUGAGGAAGGAGUUAUCUCUAGUGAAAGAUAUCCCCGUGCUUAUUGCAAUUGAUCAGUAUAAUAGCUGGUUUACGUUCAGUGAGUAUGAAGAGCCAGUAACUGUUCGUUCUACUCGACCAAUACAUGCUAAAGAACUUGCUACGGUGAAGGCUUUUAGAUCUAUGCGACAUGAUGACAUGAUGGUGGGCGCGUUUUCUCAUUCAACGGCAGUAGGAAAGCUCCGUCAAGACUUGCCAGAAGUGCCUACAGAUGCUCGCGUGAACUUUCCUCGCUACACUUUAGAUGAAGCAGCAGCUGUUUGCCAUUACUACCUUAGACAGAGGCUUAUACGCCGUGAAGCAUUCACGGAGGAGAACUGGAAGAAAAUAUACUAUUUGUCUAAUGGAAAUGGAGCAGAAAUUAGAUGGUUAGUUCCUUUGAUGCGGGGAGAUGGUAUGCAGGCAGAUGGUUAG